ACCGUCUCGACUUCAAAAAAAAAGUUUAAGUUUUAAGGAAAAAAAAUGGUUGAACAGGACCCUGGCGGGUCCCAAAAUAAUCACACUGCGUCUAAUGGUUAUUUUCAAGGUCAUUUUCCUAUGCUUCCUUGGUAUUCUGUUCCAGACAAACCCUUUCCCCGCAGGAGAUAUAAGUGUUUAAAAUGUUAUGAAAUGAUGAAACGUGCAUCAAAUUCCCAGGUUCAGACGGUAAUUUCUGAGAAAAAAGGUCAGACAGAAUGUCUGACUAUGUCGAAUGAAAAAAAGGAAAUAAAUGAGGUAUCAGAGGAUAAAGAGGUUAAUAAAGAGGAUACGACGGUCCAGGAUGAUAGUAUUACGUCGAAAUCGUGGUCAGAUUUGCUUAAACGGCCGAAAUCGGGAUAUUCUAAUGGCACAUUGGAGCAGACGGUUAAGAAGGAGAAACCAACUAAUAAUUUAAAAGAAGUGUUUGAAUGUAUUAAAAUGAAACCAGAAAAAACGAAAAAUGUAUUAAUUCAGCCUCGUGGUCUUAUUAAUAUAGGGAAUGUAUGUUUUAUGAAUGUGAUUCUACAGGUUUUAGUUUUUUGUCCUCCAUUUUAUAAUUUAUUGGAUGAAAUUGGAAAAAAAAUGACACAUGAUUUGGUUAACGAUACAUCUUUAAUAAGUGCAUUGAUUUCUUUUAUUCGUGAAUUUCCUAUUAUUGAUAAGCCGGUUUUAAAUGGUGGAACGGUGAUAAAAAAAGAUGAUUUUGAAGAAUUUGGAGAGCCAUUUAUUCCGGAAUAUGUUUAUAUGGCAAUGCGAGGAAAUAAACUUUUUGAUUCUAUGAGGAGAGGGCAUCAAGAAGAUGCAGAAGAAUUUUUAGGACUUUUGCUUGAUGCGCUUCAUGAGGAAUUUGUUCAAGAAAUGAAAUCAAAUUCGGACGUUUUUCCUAAUAAUGUAAUUCAGUAUAUGAACUGUGUAGAUUUUGUAUCUGCGAAUUCUUUCGAUAAUUUUCAGGAUAAAAAUGAGAAUGAAUGGGUCGAAGUAGGUCCAAAACAGAAAACGAGUAUUAUGCGAUCGGCUACUGUAUCUGAGUCUCCUUUAACACCUAUUUUCACUGGAAAUUUUCGUUCUAUUUUGCGUGUACCUGGGAUGAAGCCAUCCAUUACACUUGAGCCCUAUCGAUCUUUACAGCUUGAUAUUGAGCCUCUUCAUAUAGGUUCAAUAGAAGAAGCACUUCAAAAUAUUACGCAACCAGAAGUUCUUCAUGGAGAUUGGCAUUCUUCUUUAGGUGAAAAAUUAAAAGCAACGAAGCAAGUUUUUAUUGAAACGUUUCCACAAGUUCUUAUUCUUCAUCUUAAGCGUUUUAUUUAUGAUAAUGUCGGAGGUGCUCAAAAAUCUUAUAAAAAUGUUCAUUAUCCUUUACAAUUCGAAAUUCCUCCUACUGUAAUGAGUCCUCAUCGUCGUGUUGAAAAAAAUAUAAAAUUUAUCUUGUUUGCUGUCGUAUAUCAUCAUGGAAUGUCUACUUCUGGUGGUCAUUACACUGUCGAUCUUCUUCGUCAAGAUUUACAUUCCUGGAUUCGUAUUGACGAUACCCAUAUUUCUCACAUUCUUGCUGAGCAUCUUAUUUCUUCCUCCGAUUCACCAAAUCGUUUUGCUUAUCUUCUUUUUUAUCUUCGUUCAUGAUUCAAGGUUUUUUUUCAAUAUUUAUGGCUAUUUUAUAUAUUUCUA